UGGCAUGUAGUUUCAUCAGCACACACACAGGCAACAUGAGCUCAGUUGGUGGAUCUGCGGAAAAAAAGGUUAUUUCUUCUCCAUCAUUUCCACAGAUAACUGCUUUGUCUUGGAUAUACAUCUUGUCGUUGAGUUUAAGUUUGAUUGGUAGCUGUUCUGUUAUGGUUGUGUCUAUUGUAAAGAGAAGACAUCUCAAUGAACAGGUUAAACCUCUUCUUCAGCUAACCCUGGCAGAUUUCCUGGCUUCACUUGUUUUGAUGGGCACCGUCAUAAUUAACUUCCUAUCCUAUGAACAUUUUCCAAAAAGUGAAUUCUUCUGUAACUAUGGAUUGCCUUUAUCUUUGACAUUCUACUGCAUCUCUUUUCUGCUUGUCAUCAUUUAUGCCUGUGAGUCAGCACAUGCGUUUCAAGGAUGGAGGGAAAACGCAGAAGAAGUCGGGUUUGAAAACCAGAUAAUACGCAGAAGGAAGAGGUUUUGUCUCUUCUAUAUUAUUGUUUGGCUUGUCCCAAUUAUUGGAUACAUCAUUUAUGUAAAAACCGUCACGUUUACGGAAGCUAUUCUCACGCCAGCAUACCAACCCUCUGCACACAGCAGAGGAUGGCCCACUGCCAGGUUCUGCAACAGCUGCAUUCUUUUCCUGCAUUUAACAAAUGACUCCUGCCCAACUGUGGAUCUAUAUCACGCUGAGUUCAUUAGAGUUUUCACUCUUUGUAGUGUGCUGAUCGUCCUCAUCAGCUGCACAGUGGUGUACUGUAAGUUACAGAGCUGUUAUAGGCAUUACGAGAACAGAAGCAUGUUCACAAUGUCACGGAGACAUCCAGGUGGGAUUUGGUCAUCAGCUCGAUACAUGAUCCUUGUUAUCAUCGUCUGCUGGGCUCCAGCUCUGCUUCUGAUCAGUCUCUCCUUUACUCCAACUAGAAUAAGAAAUCUCUUCCCUCUCUAUGUCUUACAGGCGCUGUCAGUAUCACUGCAGGGUUUCAUGAACAGUAUUGUGUACGCAUGGAGACGGCGUAACUUCAGAGAUGCUGUGUUGGGAGAGCAUGUGCCGCUCAUGACUAAUUCUAACAGAGCCUUCUUCGAACAGUCAUUAAAUGAGCCAUCAUGAAAUCAAACAGGAAAUGUGUGUGAGUGUCUGCAUUUUGAGAGAUAGAAAUUUUGUGUUUUUAAUGAUUUAUAUUUAUUUUUUUAUGUUGUAAUUGUGAUACCUGUUAACGGAAAAGUUUAUGUGUUACUGUCUGUAUAAUAUAAACAUUAUAAACCAUACUUGAA